UUCGAGUGAUUUUAUCGUGUUAUUUUGGACCUGCGUCACAUCCACCCGCGAGGUUUGCGAGAGCAGAAGAUUUAACGGCACAAUAUCCCUUUCCAUUUCUUUAAAGAGCCUGGAUCCCAACAGCUUUUCCCGGCGGUCUCGGACAGCCUGCUGUGAGUCAUGAUUUACUUGCAGUACGCACCGUGCCCUUGAUGUAGCGUUGGCGUGGCACUGAGCAGGGAUGAGAAUUUACUGGAAAAGGAGCUUCACUGCGGCAGCGCUUUUCUUCACCAUCGCCACCUUCUACCUCACCGUCAUCCAUGAGACAAAGAGGAGUGAUGCGCAGUUGUUGGCCAGGGCGAUUGUCUUGCAGCAACUGGAUUCUCCCCGGAGCCUGCAGGUGUUCCAGGACCUCCAGAAUGACUCAUUGCCGUUCAGUGUGCCCUACCAUAUACUGGCAGGCUCUCCUACACCGAACCAGAAAUUCCUCACCGUGGGUCUGUGCUCCAUAAAGAGGAAGCGGGGGAGUUACCUGCUGGACACACUGAAGUCCAUCUUCUCGCAGUCGUCCGAGGAGGAGCUCAGGGACAUGGUGGUGGUGGUCUUCCUGGCAGACUUCGACACGGGCUGGAACGAGCGCACGGCGCGCGAAAUCGCCGACCGCUUCUCCGUCCCCAUCCUGAAAGGCCAGCUCCUGGUCGUCCACGCGCCCCAAAGCUACUAUCCUCCCCUGGAAGGGCUCAAGAGGAACUUCAACGACAGCGCUGCCCGUGUCCACUUCCGCUCCAAGCAGAACGUGGACUACGCCUUCCUGUUCGGCUUCAGCGCCAACCUGUCCAGCUACUACAUCAUGCUGGAGGAUGAUGUCACUUGUGCCAAGGGCUUCCUCACUGGCAUUCGCAAGUUUAUCCGUUCCCAGGGCCAGGCCUACUGGGUGACCCUGGAAUUCUCUAAGCUGGGUUAUAUCGGCAAGCUGUACCACUCCAAGGAUUUGCCCCAGCUGGCCAGGUUCCUCUUCCUGUUCUACCAGGAAAUGCCCUGUGAUUGGCUGCUGAACCAUUUCAACAUGCUCCUCACCCAGAAGGACACCAUCCGGUCCAAACCCUCGCUGUUCCAGCACGUGGGCCUGUAUUCGUCCUUCGGCGGCACCCUGAACCGGCUGAAGGACGAUGAGUUUGAGGAGUAUCCUGGUAUCCUCGCAGACAACCCGCCUGCCAACAUCUGGACAGACAUUAGUCAGUUUGAGAAGUACACUGCAGACAAGGCCUACAGCAACAGGGCUGGCUACUUCUGGGGGAAAACCCCUGCCGUGGGGAACCAUUUCACUGUUGUGCUUCACAAUCCAGCCGUCUUCACGCGCGUCGUAAUCGUAACCGGGUCCAAGGACAGGAGAAAAGACAUCCUGGAAUCUGCUGAGGUGGCAGUGGGCCAGAAUCUGGUGAAAACGCGUAAAGGGCCGACAUGUUCAGAGUUUAUAAAACUAGGCCACUUAGUCAAGGGCCAGUUCGACAGGAAGAACAUUGAGAAAGAAAUCGGCACGUCUCUCUCUUGUCUCAGAAUCAAAGUGACAAAUAAACAGCAAGAGUGGGUUGUCAUUCAAGACAUAAACAUUUGGAUCAAGGAUAAAAAUUAAUAGUCGGGAGUCACUAGGGUAAAAUGGCCAGGCCUAUUAGGAGUUUGCCAAAUGAAGAUGCAGUGGUAAAAUGUAGUUGACUUCGUCUUUUGGGCCAGAUGACAAAAAUGGUAGCUGCCCCUAAGUUGCUCUUGACUUCAAUGCUUUUCCUGGAACAGGGGUUCCCAAACUGUGGGUUGGGACCCCAUAUUGGGACACCGGAUUUCAAGAUGGGGUCAGCGAAAUUUUUUUGAAAAAGAUAAAAUAAAAUUUUUGUCUCUUAAAAUAUGUGAAUGAAGGCCGCUACAUGUUUAACAUUACAACAAUCCAACUGUAAUAUAGCAAUGAGGUGCAGAUUGUGGUAUAUCUCCAGUAUAGUCAUGGUGAAAAGGGUGUUGCCGGGCACAAGAUGCGUGUCGGUGGGGCGUUGGGGUCAUAUAAGUUCAUUUGGGGUUUGAAACGUUUGGGAACGCCUGUCCUAGGACAUAUUCUUACUGUAUGCUGCUGCUGCUGUGGACCGUAUUUCUGUGGCUUUUCUGAACCAGAGCAGAAGUGCUGCAUUGCCCUCUGUCCAUGCAGCCUCAUGCCAGUGCUGUGAAGGAAAUUUAUUUUAUUGUGAUUGACUACUUGCAUUUUAUUUUUUACCCACAAUUAAAAUUGCGCUUGUACGAACUAAGCGAAUAUGCAGUAUGCACUAGUAAAAUAGAUUUUCACCUUUUAAACUACUACCUAUAUCACUGCAAAAAUCUUUAUGCAACUAUGCCUUUUCACAUAGUGCCCUAACCAGUUGAUAAGACUUUCCAUGAGAAGACUUCCUCAUUUAUUUGUAGUUAAUCAUUGUGUACUCCUGUACUUACCGUACUCAAGCAAGGGAUCGGAGUGUCACUGCAAAGUAACACAGUGAUCCAUAACUAUCCAUAUUAUCCAUGUAAAAUCCAGCUAUGACCAGCUUGAAAUUACCAGCUACCAGCUGUUUCAAAAUAUAACUUGAACUGGUCAAACCAUGUUGAGUAUGAACUGGUCAACCAGCUGCCUGCUGUUUCAAAACCUAGCUUGAGCGGUUUUCCUCAGCAGGGUAGGGAACCAAAGAUUUCACAGAGGAGCUGUAAGCUCCAGCCUCCUGGAACACCUAAGACUAGGCAGCACCACUGUACAGCCUGCUUGCCAGUUGCGGUGUUAUCAGUGUGCGCCAGGUCCAUUAUAAUGAUUGUAUUCAUAGAUCUUUGUGCUAGGUGAUUGAACCUUUCUUUUGAAAGUUGUUUGCAGCAUAAGAGUAAUAAGAGUAGAGAGGGCCCUGAAGUCAUGACCUACAAGGAAAUGAACACACAGUGGAACGAGGGAGUCUUUAGGGCUUGUUCAAAAAGGUUACCUCAGGGCCUGUCAAAAUGUUUUGGCUGUAGGAAAAUAACAUGGAAAUGUCUCAUGCCGCCCUUGACAAGGCCGAGAAAUUGCAGUUGGUACGCAUUCCAAACCUACAGUGUAGCUUUAGUUGCCUUACACAUUUGAGAGAAUAUUGAAUGUGGAAUAUUUACACAUGAGCAGUUGGUUGAGUUGACGUCGGAAGAGUGCAGUCUGUUUUAUAAUUUUUAUUUAUAUAAUGGCCUUACCAAGAGUGGUGAUCAGAAUGUAAAUACUUGGGGUGUAACGAUGGAUCGAUCCACAUCAAUGUGUCUGUUCAAAGUGAAAUUAUCCAAUCCAGUCAACACAUGAACACUCAUACGUAUCAUGAUGAAUCAUGGCAAGAUAUGCUUAUGCAUGCUUACGUUACAGAAUUGUGCAAUGUUUUCUUCCCGGCAGACCAGAGCGAACCGGAAUGCAUUGGUGUUAGCAGGAGAUCGCUUAACUAGCUAAACAGCAACACGAGUAACGUGAGUUAAAUGGCUAAAUGACUUGUGUGGUUAGUGACUACAAAAGCCGAUGUUUUACAAAUCUUAUUAGACUACGGUUUUCUUCGUUCAUUGCUGUCAGAUGGAGCAAGAAAUGAAAUCCUGCAUAGUAUGCCUAUAAAUGGCUGCAACACUGCCAACAUCAUUGUUUUCAUUUCGACCUCCUCCUCAUCAUUCGCGCUACUGCUGGUUUUCCUUCUGUUAGAUGUGACGUAAAGACAUUUUUCACUCAACUUCAUUUUGCUUCUAUGUAUACAUUGUAACAGGAUUGUGUUUGCUGGAUCAUACUGUAUGUAUCGAUUGUGUCUUACUAUAUCAGAAUGUUUUGAAUAUCUUGUGGGAUUUUGGCCAAUAUGAACCGUUGCCUCUAGAAUGGAAGCCUGGGGUUUGUACCCCAAGUAAAUGCAAUCAAUUAUGUGCAUGUUGUGCCCUUGAGAGAUGCUAUGUAAACUAUGGUUGACUGGAUUGUGUUAAUAUAAAUUUAAUAUGCAGUAGAAAGGAUUUCAUGAAUGAUGUUGUUGGCUGAAAUUAAGUAAUAAUACAGUAAUAAUUGUGAAGGUUUCAUUUUAAAACAAUAUAAUGUACAUCCCAGAUUAAUUCUGAAGGAUCCAUUAACUUCUGGCCUCUAGGGUGAACUUGUAUACUGCCCCAGUUAUCUUUGAAGGGGUUGUGCCUUAACAAAAUAUUUUGGUACUUGUGUACUGGCUGCAUGAAAUAUCUUCAUCUUCACUUAUAUUUACUCAAUAUCAGUCAAUUGCCAUGAUGUUGGGAUUUUCUACCCACCACUGUGCCUACUGAUGAGCCAUAUUGCAACCUGGCUUGUUCUAUACUGCACCUUCCAGUAUUUCUAGACUUUGAGUGUACAGUGCACAAGUUUAUUAAUUUAAAUGUACAAAUGGAUUAAUUUAAAUAUUUGAAAUCAUGAUUGUGGGUGUGUGCCGCAUAAGUUAUACAUUUCAGUUAUACGUUUUAUUUUGUCACAGGAAAGAUGAAAAUGAUAUUUUCCUGGAUGUUACUCAGGCUGCAAGCUGUCUUCAAGACAAUAAUGUUUAGAUUUGAACUGACCAAAAGAUUAUUUGGUUCAAAUAUGAGAAUAUAUAUGAUAUUUAUUUGCCAAAUUGAAGUUUACAUGAUUUUAUGAUUCUGAGUUUGGCUACCAGAUAUCAAAGAUGUGCAAAUCUGGUGAAUAUGUAAAAGUUGCAUUAUAGCAUGUGUUGUCAGGAAAUAAAGUCAGGCAAAAACAAUGUAUUUAAAGUGAGAAAGCAUGCUGUAUUUUUACUCCAAAAUAUGUUUCUGCCAAAGACAACUGCAAUUUGAAAGUGACAUGAUUGUAUUCCUUUAUUUAUAAAUGGAAAUGCAUUUGUUUGUGUUUAUGAAAUGAAUGUGUCCAAGCUUACAGUGAAAAUAAAUUCUCAAUGAAAUAUUA